CGAGAAGGCAACCGGGUGAAGCCGCUUUUAUCUACUGCGGAUCACUGGAUUCAAGCUUACCGGACUAGUGAGCCAGUGAAUGGAGGAGAGAGUUUGUAUGAUGGUGACACAAAACAGCAAAAGCUAUAUCCAAAAAUAGAUAAAGAAGCUCUCAAGCGCGUUGGGGUACUUACGUUGGAAGAAGUUGACAAGUAAAGGAUAAAGCAUAGCACAGUUGAAUCAUCUCUCGGCUAUAAAAAUAGAGACGGGGUCACAACUCAAAAUCACAACAAGCACAACAGAGCAAGAGAUUCAAAUAGCAAAAAAAACUUAUAUAUUCUUUCAAAAACAAAAAUGGGGAUCGUAGCAUUCCAAUGGGGAGAGGGUGAGAACAUACUGACGCUGCUUCAGAACAGAGAGAACUGGCAAUCAAGGUCAAUAAGAGCGGCGGAUUGGGAAUGGGAUGAAAGCAAGGUAUUGAGUGCUCGUUGCGGAGAGACCGAUGGGACGUGGUUAGGUAUUUCUUUUCGAGGCCGAGUCGCUUUUCUUGUGGAGGCAGGGCCCGUUAACAGAGACAGAAUCAUCGGCGCCGAGCGUCGUACUCUUGAGUUCUUAGAGAGCAACGAGAGUCCAGAGGACUUUGCAAAGUCAUUAGCUGCAGAUCGCGGACGUAACACGCAGAUAGCCUAUCAUCUAAUUGUGGCCGACAUAGCUUCAAACUCAAUGUUAUAUAUCUCCAAACAGUCUUUCUCUGAAGAUGGCACUGUCCAUAUAAUGCCUGUUGGUCCUGGUGUUCAUACCCUAUCUUCAGCUGGACUCGAUUCCGAAGUUGGACACAGGGAAUUACGUCUGAAACAGUCUUUUUCUGAGAGGAUUAACAGAAAACUACCAGAGCAAAUCUGGGACCUUGCUGAAGAGAUUAUGUAUGAUCGCGAAGCUAUAAUCGGAGACCCACUGAGCUCUAUUUUUGUCGACGACACUAUGAUUGAACACGAAUACUAUGGAACAAGAAAUACGACAGCAUUGGUUGUGAGACCCACCAAGGAAGUGUCGUUCGCUGAGAGGAACAGGGCGAUAUUUAAUGCCGAUUGGACCAUGCACGCCUUCUUUUUCACCAUCAUCUAGUUACAAUGAGCAUUCCCCAGCAUCCAAAUAUUAUUAUCUAUACUAAAUAAUCUUGUUGAUGCUGUAAUUAAUUAAUAGAUCAUAAUCUUGUCGGUUCAGGGAAACCUAUUUCCUUGGUCACACUAUAUCUCUAGUGUAAGAAACAAUAUGCUCUAAAUAAAUAAAAACUAGUUGGUUUUCUGAAACU